AUUCCCAAAGUGAGUCGGCAAUUUAUAUGACACUAUGAUCCUUUAUAAUAUUUUUGAUAUUUUGAUUUUGUUUGUCUUUUUUUCUUGUUUUGAGUUUGAAUAAUAGUUCUUCUUUUUCUAACAUGUUCCUUUUGUUUUGUUGACCUUGAUAGGGAAACUUGGUGGUACAAAAGGAUUUGUGAAGGAAGGCUCACUGCUAGUAGUGUAGUGGAGAAAAAUAGAAGGUUUUUUUGUUAAAAUUUCUGGUCAUGGCUCCAUCUGCAAGCACAUCAAAAGUUGCUAGAUCUAUAGCCUUAAGGAUGAAGGCGGUGCAGAUGAAACGUUGUAGAAAAACCGUCUCUGAACCACCUAUUACUUCUCCAAAUCGUAAACCUACUACCCCCAAAAAGGCUGCAGCAAGACUGAUAGAAGCCAACAAGGCUACCUCUCCUAGGAGAAGUCCGCGAAAACAUAAAGCUACUCAGUCCAGCAAGGAUGUGUCCUCUAGGAGACGUAUGGCACCUCCUAAAGCAGUAAAUUCCAAGGUGGCUGUGGCAGCAAAGAAGUCGUCGUCCGGUCGUAAGUCUGCAAAGAGCAAGUCAUCCGAGGAUUCUGAUGAUGAUGACAACAUCACUGGUGGAUUGAGGUUGCUUAAGCGAGGGAUGGUAAGCAUGAAUAAAAUUACUAGGCGACUGAUUCGAGGAAAGAAGCUAAAGGUGAAUUCUAAUGCUGAUGGGGAGCCAAUUGGGAAGGCAGCUAAGGAGAUGCAGUCAUACAUUGGGGUGUUAGCACGCACCAAGAUCCCAAUAUCUAUAAAUGAUUGGAGAAAUGUGCCUUUGGAUGAAAAAGACAAGAUUUGGAAUAGUAUUCAGGAUGCUUAUGUGGUGCCAAAAGAAUGGAAGAAAUUGGUGAUUACAUCAGCCGGCCACAAAUGGAGAGAGUUCAAGAGCAAACUAACGAACUGGUACAUUAUUCCCUAUCUGGAUUCUCCUGAACUUUUAAAGUUCCCUCCAGAUGAUUAUCGAUCCAUUGAGGUAGAUGAAUGGAAUACGUUCGUGGCUGAUAGAACUUCAGAACAAUUUCAGGUACUCCGUGAAAAGCAGAAAAUAAAGAGGAAGGAGAAUAAGUAUCCUCAUCGAUUGUCACGGAAAGGAUAUGCUAACUUCCAAGAAGAAUUGGUCAGUAUUCGUCUUACAAUCUAUUUACAAUAUAUUUGUUAUUCUUUUCGGUUUACAUAA